CGAAUAUCAAAAUCGGUAUAUUUUGAAAAUCAAACGGUAUAUUUCGGUCUAUUUCUGAGGGUCAGCAGUUAGCGCCGAGCGGAACCGAUAACACAUAGUCAUCGUCAGCUGUCAGCAGUUUUCUGGAAAAACAAACCAGCCUAAAUUUUCUGUAACACUUUUUCGGCAAAAUACAGCGGCUCAAGAGAAGCAGCAACAUGAACUGGCAUUCGGGCAACAUAGCGGAGGCCGUGGCGGAAUCCAAAUCCAAAAAUGCCAUCUUUGUCGUUUACAUACAAGGUGAAAACGAGCUGUCCAGCAAGCUGGAGAGAUUCGUGGACGAUGAGCAAGUGCGCUCCCGUCUAGAGAGCUCGGACUUUGUGGCCAUCAAGGUCCCAGGCGACAGUACAGCCUAUGGACAGUUUAUGUCCCUCUACAAAGUCGUCCCCAUUCCUUCGAUAUUCUUUAUUGGCAAAUCGGGAACACCACUGGACGUGGCCACUGGCAUCAUUGCCAGCGCCGAGGAACUGGCAGCCAAAAUCGACAAAGUCCUUGUCCUGGCAGGCAAAAGGGAGGAGAACCAGCUGCCCACCACAAGCAGUAGCUGCUCCUCGGCCACUCCAGGCAUAAGUCCACGGCGCAUUGCCGGAGCCGAUGACAAAACAGAUACAAAAACCGAGCAACCCGAUCCUGAUGAAGUGUCGAAUACUACCAGUCUGGUCAACAAAUCAACUGCUUCGACACCGGCACCAGACAGCAGUGCGACAGAAGCCCCAGAUAAACUCAGCGUUUCGACUACAACUGCAGAUAAAAAUCCAGAGACCCCAGUUGCUGGAUCCACAGACCCCACAGGAAACAUCGAGAAGCCAUCGACGACUUCUGCGCCUGUUGAGAAGUGUGAGCCCUCGAUGUCAACGCCCGUUGAGACUUCGGCCACUGCAGAGAUUCCCCCUUUAGAAGGAACCAGUUCGAGUCCCUCUCAGGCUGCUACAUCUGCCGCCGCUGCGGCUGAGAAAAGAGCAGCAGUCGCCGCUGCAGCAGCGGCUGCCUCUCUUCCCACUCUGCUACCUUCUGGGCCGUUGUUGUCGGCAGUGGCUGAGCCGACACAGCGACACCUAACCGACUCUGAGAUGCGUAUGGUUGAGGUUCAGAACACUCUGGAGGAGAAGCGACGGGAGCGAUUGGAGCAGGAGCAACGCCAACAGAAGGAGAGCGAGCUAAGGCGUCGUCGCGAGGGAAGGGAGGCCCAGGAUCAGGCCCAGCAGGCGCUCACCAAGGAGCAGGAGCUUAAGAAUAUGCAGGAACGCAUUCGUCGCAAUCGACAGGAGGAGCAGGAGACUCGCGACCGAAUUCGCGCCCAAAUCGCCGCCGAUCGGGCGGAGCAGGCGCAUCGCGUCCUCAUUGCAGAGGACAUCCACAGCACAGCGACCUCGAUAGCUGCCGUCACUACCGACUCGUCCAUUACCUCCGUGGAUGAGACGCGUCUGCAGAUCCGUCUGCCUGGUGGUAUUCACCGCACUAAGUCCUUCCCAGCUGGCGCUCUGCUCGGCACCGUUCGCGUCUACGUGAGAAAUGAGUUGUUGUCGGGGACCGAUACGCGCGACUUCACUCUCGCCACAAGCUACCCCCGGCGGGAGUUCCGAACGGAGGAUGAGGUGAAGACCCUGAUGGAGCUGAAUCUAGUGCCCAAUGCGGUGGUGCUAGUGCUGACCAAGGAGCAGGUAAAUCGCGUGGUGCGUACCGGUGGCUCUUUGAUGACAAUGCUCACCACGGUCUUGUGGGCCAUGAUUACGCCGGCAGCCAAGGCAUUCGAUUUUAUCCACAAGAAUGGAUGGCGUCCGCUGUCGCAGAGGUUCACCGUGAUGCUGGCCAACGUUCGCUGGCCGAAUCGUGACGGUGGUGCCAAUGUGGUUCUGGUCCAGGGAGAUGCUGCCGUUCGCCGCAACAUGGAAAUGUUCUCGAUGCGUUCCAUUCCGGCGCCAGGUCUCAACCCGCAACCGCAGGCACCCGAUACAGAGUCAACCACUCCGCCACCCUCGCCGAUAACAGGAAAAGAUGCUGCAGGACAGCAACCUGUGCAGACACCGCCGCCUGGACCCGAGGGACGUGCACAGCAGGCGCAUGCUACGACCCAGGCCCAGGGUCAGAGCCAGGAGUUCCAGCAGCGUCCGGGGGGAUACCAGCCACCGCGCUACGGGGAUGCCAACAUACGACGGCUGAACGAUUCGAAGGACGACAAAGACAACAAAGCCACGUACAACGGCAACUCCACGCAGCAGCAAUAAGCAAUGGCAACAAGGAGGGACUCUAUAUAUAUCAACCUACUUUCAUAACCUGUUAAACUAAAUUAAAAUACUUAACUAAAUCCAAA